AUGUCAUUCAAAUCAAAUUAUCAAAGUGUAGAUAAAUCUGAUCAAUCUGAUGAAGGUCCGUCAGUUGAUCCGGAUGUAUUCAGUGCGAGUGGUUCUUCAAAAACUUUCGACCCCCAAAAGUCAACAAUCACACAACGACGACCAGCACCAUCAAAAAAGAAAGAUUUUGGUGCACAAAAGUUAGCAACGGAUUUCAAUGAAAUUGAACGUAAUGUACAAGAACAAGAGAAAAUAAAAGAAAUUCAAGCAAAUCAAGAAAUAAAAAGUCGUGAAGGAAUAGAAAAACAAUCAGAAAAACAAAUGGAUGAUCACAAGUUACCAAUCGAUGUUUUAUAUCGAAGAUAUGAUACACAUCCAGAGAAGGGUUUAACUGAUGCAAAAGCUGCUCAAGUUUUAGCUCGUGAUGGACCAAAUACCUUAACUCCACUGAAAACCACUCCUAAAUGGGUUAAAUUUUGUAAAAAAAUAUUUGGCGGUUUUGCCUUACUGUUCUGGCUUGGUGCUAUUAUAUGUUUUAUUGCACAUGGCAUAAGUGUGGCAACAUAUGAAGAAGCUGCGACUGACAAUGUGAGCAAGCAGAAACUGUGGCUAGGCAUUGCAUUAACUGUUAUUGUGCUUUUAACUGGAUGUUUUUCAUAUUUUCAAGAAGCCAAGAGUUCAAGGAUUAUGGAGUCGUUCAAACAGAUGGUUCCACAAGUAUGUUUGAUCUCUUCUGCGUUUCUCG